UUUAAUAUUUGUUAUAAUUCCUAAAAUAAUUAAUUUAAAAAAGCAAGUACAAUUCUGUUUCAUUUGUUUGGUUUUAUCAAUCAAGCAAAUUUACGAAGUUUUAUCUAAUAUUAAGUGAAACAUAAAAAUAUGUCAAACGAAGUUGAAGAUACAUUAAAAAGAAUCCAAUCUCACAAGGGUGUCGUUGGUACAAUUAUAGUUAAUGCAGAAGGUAUUCCAAUUAAAUCUACCUUGGACAAUACAACAACUGUCCAAUAUGCAGGGCUUAUAAGUCAGUUAGCAGAUAAAGCAAGAAGUGUUGUAAGAGAUUUAGAUCCUGCAAAUGAUUUGACAUUUCUAAGAAUCAGAUCAAAAAAACAUGAGGUAAUGGUGGCCCCUGAUAAAGAAUUUAUCCUGAUUGUUAUACAAAAUCCUGUGGAUUAAAUUAUGUUAACACAUACUAAUUAUUAUAAUUGAACUUAUAUUUAUGCUAAUAAUUUAUUUUUUUCCCUGUAUUAUUGAUUUUAAAUUAUAAAUAUUGGAUGUACAUGAGAUAUUUUAUUGUUUAUCAAAAAACUGUUUUUACAAUAUAAACUUAUUGAGA